AUGCAGGGCAAUUGGGGGGAAAUGAUAUUGGUGAAGCUUCUAGAGAAUACCAGUUUGCAGAAAGGGGUGAAUUAUUUUGAGCAAGAAUCUUUUGAUGUGGAUGGACAGCGCAAACAAUUGGAUGUCCGCAUUGCAUUGCCCAAUAAUAAAAAUAUAAUUAUAGACAGUAAGGUGUCUAUAGUAGCUUAUCAGAGUUUCGUUAAUGAAUCGGAAGGCCCCACUAAAGAUAAAUUUCUCAAAGACCAUUUAAAUUCAAUACGAGCCCAUAUCAAGAAUCUAUCGUCCAAAAAUUAUCCCGAUAUUCCUUUGGAAACAUUGGAUUUCACCAUAUUAUUUAUGCCUGUAGAAAGCGCUUACAUAUCGGCGGUUCAGGCCGAUAGUCAUUUGUUUAAUGAGGCGUUUUCUCAACACAUCGUUUUGGCAUCACCAUCGACAUUAUUGGCCAUGCUAAAAACCAUAGAUCAUGUUUGGCAACGUGAAAAGCAAAAUCAAAAUGUGCUUGAAAUCGCUAAAAGGGCGGGCAAUUUGCAUGAUAAAUUCGCCGCUUUAUUGGAUGACUUUACCACCUUGGAACGCAACUUUUCAACCACUCAAAAUACAUUGGGUCAUAUUAAAACCAAACUCAAAGGACAAGGCAAUCUGAUCAAUCAGGUUCAAACCAUUCGUCAGAUGAAAACGACUAAACUGAUAUUGACGGCGUUUUGUAUAUUGGCUGUGUUGGUUGUUUCGGCGGAUCAGUACAUUGAUCGAUUUGAUAAGUACACGUAUAAUUCUACCAAAGACAUUCCUCAUUAUCCAGUGGGAUUGGUAUUGGGAACGACCCGUUAUUUGGUCGAUGGUGGAAUCAAUCCGUAUUUUAAAUACAGAAUGCAAGCGGUGGCUCAACUGUUUAAAGCCAAAAAAAUAGAUUACAUCAUUGUAAGCGGAGACAAUUCAACCCUUGAGUACAACGAACCCGUUCAAAUGAAGUUGUAUUUAAUGAAAUAUCAUCAAGUACCAGCCAAUCGAAUUAUAAAAGACCACGCUGGGUUCAGUACGUUAGAAUCCAUUAUCAGGGCCCAUAAAGUAUUUGGUCAGAAUUCGUUUGUUAUUGUUUCUCAAACAUUUCAGAACGAAAGAGCACUUUUUAUAGCCCGUUCCAAGGGAAUUUCGGCCGUUGGUUACAAUGCGGCAUCGCCACCCACUCAAUUUACCAUAAAAACCCGUUUCCGAGAACUUUUUGCUCGGGUAAAGGCCAUAUUGGACGUAUAUGUAUUAAAUACCAAGGCCCGAUUUGAAGGGCCACCAGAAGUCAUUCCAUAUGAGUAUAAAGUCGAAAUACCACCGUUGAGAUGA